UUCCGCACCGGCGUCGGGGGCGCGGUUUUGGAAAAUGGAUGUCAGCAUGGAAGUUGAUGCUAUCCGGUUUCCGAUUUGCGUCUAGGUACUUUUAUUUGUCACUAAGCCGAUUUUGGAGAAGCGUUUCAGUGGCGUUCGGAGCUUUCUCACAGCCUCCCAGAGAACGCCAAAUCCUGGACCCUGCCCACUCCUGGACUCACUAAACGCACUCUGCUCGGCUACUGGCUGGCAAGACUUCGCUGUAAUUCUGAAAGAAAGAAAAAAGAAAAGAAAAAAAGUUUCCCAACAAUUUUCUUGGAUGACUUAAAACAGAAAAAAGAAAUGCCUAUUUUUCCUAAGAUAUCUUUGAGGCCUGAGGUUGAAAACUAUCUCAGAGAGAGCUUUAUGAACAAAGAGGUUGUGUCUGCUUCAAGCAAACAAGAAGCAGAACGGAAAUUUGAAAGUCUGCUGAUUCACUUGUCACACCCGCCGUCAUUCACAACCGUCAGGGUGAAUACACAUUUGGCAUCAGUUGAGUACGUCAGAGGUCUGCUGCUGGAGGAGCUUCAGAAGCAAUUCAGUGGAUUCAGCAUUCCUGUUCUUCAGCAUCCAGCCCUCCCAGACAUCUUACUCAUCCCUGUGACUGGACCGAGAAGGAAUAUAGAGCAACAGCAGUGUGAAGUGAUUGUUGGAGCGCAAUGCGGCAAUGCAGUAUUGAGAGGGGCCCAUGUCUACGUCCCAGGAAUCGUGUCAGCUUCAAAAUUUAUGAAAGCUGGAGAUGUUAUUUCCGUAUAUUCUGAUAUUGAAGGGAAAUGUAAGAAAGGAGCCAAAGAAUUUGAUGGAACUAAAGUAUUUCUUGGAAAUGGGAUUUCGGAACUAAGCCGUAAAGAUAUCUUCAAUGGGAUACGCGAUCUGAAAGGUAUAGGCAUAAGGAUGACAGAACCAAUAUAUCUCAGCCCUUCCUUUGACAAUGUUCUACCCAGAUACUUAUUCUUACAGAAUUUGCCAUCUGCUGUUGUAGCUCAUGUUCUGAAUCCUCAACCUGGAGAGAAGAUUCUAGAUUUGUGUGCAGCACCUGGGGGCAAAACUACACAUAUUGCAGCCUUGAUGCGGGACCAGGGAGAAGUAAUAGCACUGGACAAAAUAUUGAAUAAAGUGGAGAAAUUAAAGCAGAAUGCUUCAUUAUUAGGGCUUCGUUCUAUCAGGGCGUUUUGCUUCGACGCGACAAAGGCACUUAAACUUGAUAUGGCUGAUGGCACAGAAGGGGCACCUCCAUUCUUACCAGAAUCUUUUGACCGAAUUCUUCUUGAUGCACCCUGCAGUGGAAUGGGACAGAGGCCAAAUAUGGCCUGUACUUGGACUUUGAAGGAAGUGACAUCAUAUCAGCCACUACAGCGAAAACUCUUUAAUGUGGCGGUUCAGCUGCUGAAGCCAGGGGGAGUGCUGGUUUACAGCACAUGUACAGUCACUCUGGCAGAAAAUGAAGAGCAAGUUGCCUGGGCCCUUACGACGUUCCCCUGCCUUCAGCUUCAACCCCAGGAGCCACAGAUUGGAGGACAAGGAAUGGUGGGAGCUGGCCUGUCCCUGGAACAACUGAGACAGCUGCAGCGAUUUGAUCCAUCAGUUGUGCCACUGCAGAGUGUGGACCCUGAUUGUCUCCAAGAUGCCAAGAGAGAAGACGUGAUCUGGCUGGCCAACAGGGACUGUAUAGGCUUCUUUAUUGCAAAGUUUCUAAAAUGUAAAAGCACAGAGGAGAAGGUUUCUUGGAACUGAAAAUUCAGAAUAUUUUCUCUGUGUGUUGGUUUUUCUUACACCUAAGUGUUUUCAGGCCAGUGGAAUGAUGGCGUGUUUGCUUAGGACACAGGAAGGUGCCAACGGAAGAAGCAGUGUGUUUAAGUAGCCCUGCAGAUGUCGGGGAGGCUGGGAAAACAUAAUCUGCCUUUUAUGAUAAAAAGGCAAGGAGGAAUUCCCUCUGAGUCUGGAGUAUAAUGUCAGUUUUAACUCAUAUUGUUUUUUCUAAUGUGAAAAAAAUAGUCCAAAACCAAAAGAAUAAAACUCUGAACUGUU